AUGGAAAACUUGAAGCCUGACACAAACUCAUGGCUCUCGGCACGCAGCGAUGUCCGGCGUGCCAUCAAAGAGUACGGCUCUUUCAUAGCUCUAUAUGAUAAGGUUUCUGCAGAGCUUAACAAUGAAGUCUUUAAUAAAUUGAAAGAGUUGUUUGAUCUUCCUACAAAAACUAAGUCCCAGAACUGGUCCGACAAGGUUUACUAUGGAUAUGUUGGCCAACUGGCUCAUCUUCCAAUCCACGAGAGUUUGGCGAUUGCAGAUGCAAACACUCUUGACGGAGUUCAAAGCUUCACAAACCUCAUGUGGCCCUCUGGAAAUGACAACUUCUG